UUAGACUAACACAGCCGGUAUUAACCCAUACCUCUUUGUUUUUGGCCAAAUUUUUUAUCUGGAUUUCCCAUUAUAUUCUAAUCCUAUCGAACGCUAAUCUUAGUUCUAAAUAGAAUUUCUAAAAUUUAUUCAAAAAUUUAUGCAGAAAAAACUUCAUUGACCCUCAACAACUCCAAUAGUGACUCCUCUUCUUCCCUUUCCCGGCUUUUAUUUUCUUCAAUUUUAACAACAUUUACUUCAUUUCCUCCAUUAUUCCUCCUCUUUAUAAUUAUUUUUAUAAGCAAUUUCCUUUCUAUAUUGCCACCAUUUGUACAAUCUACCCUCAUUCUAGUACCUUCAUCUUCCUACAAAAAUAUCUCAUCAACUUCUUUCUUAAAUUAUAUUCCCCUACAAAAUCAUUCUCGCAUUAAACGACAACAAUGGUGGCCUCAACAACAACAAAUGUGGCCACCAUACCCUCAACAACAAAUGGAACCUUGCCCUCCUCAAUGUUUUGGUUGUCAACCAACAAAUUGUCAAGCUGUUCAGUGUAUGCAGCCUCAAAUGGUAAAUAUGGUUCGUUGUUGUUGUCGUCCUGCAAUGAUAAUACAUCCACAGCCUGACUUGAAGACAGCUUGUGAUGGGGAGGAAGCAGUUGCUGCUUGUAUGAAUGGACUUUGCGGGCAAGGCUUUUUCUGUAACCAUCGAAAAUUUUGUUGUCGAUGUCCUAUUGGAAAAUCGCUUGGAAAUUGCAUUAACGGCCUCUGCCCGACUGGAUACGUUUGCAAUUCCAACAAUUUUUGUUGUGCUGCAGGCGCUGGUAGUGUUAUUGGCCCUUGCGUCAAUGGUAAAUGUCCUGAAGGAUAUGAAUGUGGUGCUGGGAAUCUUUGUUAUGCUCGAACUAGCACAACAAACAUUGAAAACAACAACAACCUUUGGGCAGCAGCUGAAGCCCCCAAAACAACUAAGUCACCAAUUCGUCAAUUUCCUUUAAGACCACGUAUUGGGGGUUCAGGAUUUGGUUUUGUAGGGAACCGACAAAGAUUAAAUGGAGGUGAUAGGCGAAUAACUAACAGAAAAAGGCACCAACAGACUAAAAAACGAAGGUUGAAUCGUCAAAGAGGAUGGGGUUAUAAAAUUAAAAUUCAAAAAAAUAUUUGUUUAAAUAGCUUGGGGAACUGGAGACGACUUAUUCGAACCUUUCGCUGA